ACACAGUAUGCUUUCAAUCUUAAAUUAUACAUAUUUUCAUGUUCAGGAGUCACUGGUUUUGUUUUAGAAGACAAUCAACUACUUUUAUGGUACAUGAUGAUAUCUUAUGGUCUGUAGGGACUGAUUGUUCUAUUUCCACUGGCUAUUUUGUUUUGUUGUAAGAUUUACAUAUUUUUUUGUCCUACUGGUAGAAACGCAUUAGUAAACGUUUGGUAUCGGUAUUUUAUACGCUGGUAUUGAUUUUUCUCGUGUCCGGUUGCAACACAAGAACGUCGCCCUCGACGUGAAUAAACGGAUUGUUUACUUCCUGGAUGGCUGUGACAUCACCUCAUGAAUAUUUGACAUAUUCUGUUUCUUUAGAACGACUGUGGCGCCUGGUACAGCGCGUCAGCUUCUUGACUCUUGACAGAAGUCAAACAAUCAGUGGUGUCACGGGUAAGAAUGGUUCUAUGUUUGUAUUAUUAAGACCAAAUCGUUCAAAAGUUCACUGGUAGCCUAUUCUAAAAUACACUAGAAUUACACGGGUGUAUUUGCAUAAUAGUUUACAACAUGAAAUUAAUUGCAGCCUAUCUACACAAAAGUUCUGUAAAAUGAUAUGUUUAACUACACAGAUUGACCAACCUCAAAUGUAGUUGGGAUAAGCUUAACAUGUGAUAGGAUAUGUGAGGAUUGAGCCUGAAGAAGUUUGUUUAAGGUGUUUGAGGGUAUUAGGUCCUCGUUGCGUUAAUCCAGACACUUCAGCCUUGAAGCACGGCAGCACGUAGAUACAUGCAAUGAAAAAAAAGGCCAGCUAUCCCGAUUGUCGGUAUGAGUAGGCCUAAACAUACACAUCCGUACAGACAGACCGUUAACAUAAACAUUUUGCAGGUGUGAAUUAAAGACUAAACUUAAAGACCUCUCGUGUCGCUUAUCAGAUUCCUCUGUCGGACAGCGACAGACGCCAGCGAAGCGUGAGCCGACGUGACGUGAUGAAUACGGCCGCUAGCGGCGCUGCGGAUCUCUCACCGAGAGAGAGCCAGGCGGGGACGAGACAUCUGCUCGCCUCACCACUGACUCGCCGGGGAGACGGUGCUGAUAAAACCGCUGCCAGAUUCAAAAGCGGUCGCGCUGCGAUCAUUGCAGGCAAACUCGGAGCAAAAAAACACAUAGUGCUUCUUAGUGCAAUUCAUCGCAGAAGGGCGGACACCGCUCCGGUAGCUGUUCAGCCGGAUGGUGCUGAAACGAACGCGACUGAACCGCCCAGGGCCGAGUCGGUGUUGGAAACCGAGGAAAGAAUCGACCAUCCCCCGGAUUCUCGCCGAUACAUCCGUCUGUCCUGUCUUAGAGGGUCUGAGCAGCGGAUCGCCAGAAAACCUGACGGAUCGAGUUGGGUCUUGAGGGGAACAGGAGCGGGAGACGGCGACGAAGAGGAGGAAAAGGUACCAGCGGGCUGUAGUGCAAGCUUGUGUGGGGGGAACGGAGUGUGUACCCAGACGGAACUCCUGAACAUAAGCAAAAGACUCAAGAGAAGCAGAAAAAUGCAAACGCACACAUCACCGGAACCGGCCGUGGACGACAUGAGCGCCGAACCCGGAACUGAGCAGGAGAGGGCCCUUCGUGAUGAGAUCGAGAGACUGGAGGAUGAAAAUGAGGACCUUAAGUGUGAGAUCGAGGAGAUGCGGGCGGAAAUGGAUGAGAUGCGCGAUACGUUCUAUGAGGAGGACACACACCAGCUGCAGGAAAUGCGGAGAGAGCUCGAGAGAGCGAACAAGAGCUGUCGAAUCCUGCAGUACCGGCUUCGAAAGGCCGAGCGGAAACGGUCACGAUUUGCACAAGGCGGAGAGGUGGACGACGAAGUGCUUCGGAAUCUGGAGCAGGAUCUGAAGGUGGCAAAGGAUGUGUCUGUGAGGUUGCAUCAUGAACUGGAGAAGGUGGAGGAGAAGCGCACUAAGACGGAGGAGGAGAACGACACACUGAGAGAGAAACUCAUAGCGCUGGAGGUGACCAAACAGGCCCUGCAGAACGAAGUGGAGAAAUCCAAAGGGCCACAGAAGAGAAGAGGUAGCAAAGACACCCAGAAGUCUGAGAGGAGAACCACACCUACUGAGGACGAUGACAGAGAUGACCUGCGCUGCCAGCUGUCCUUCCUGAACGAGGAGGGCGAGCUUCUGAGGAGGAGGAUGGUGAGCGUGGAGAAGGAGCGCGAGGCGGCCGAGCAGCAGCUCCACCAGUACCGCACACUCUACGGGGAACUGCCCCCGCCCAACUCCCCCCACACCCCGCUCCACCCGAAAGGGGAGGCGGCCGGGCCCCCGAGCAGUCGAGAGGCAGAGCUGAAGCUCAGGCUGCGUUUGGUGGAGGAGGAGGCCGACGCCCUAAGCAGGAAGAUAGUGGAGUUGGAGGUGGAGAAUCGUGGCCUGAGGGCGGAGCUUAGUGACCUUCGGGGUGAAGAGUUAGGAGGAGGGGGUGGGGCCGGGCUGGGUAAGCAGCAGGGGCCCGGCCUAUCAAUGCUCAGGGAACAGCUGCUGCUGCUGGAGGAGGAGGCGGAGCUUCUGCGGAGGAACCUAUCACAGGCAGAGGAGAGGAACGAGCGAAUGACUGCCGAGAUUCAGACGUUGCGCUGCAGGGAUGGCGGCGGGGUGGGCGCGGGGUCUGCUGGAGGGGUGGAGUGUGUGCAGGAUGAGCUGCGUGCGGCGCGGCGUCAGGUCAACACGCUGGCCGGGAAGGUGCUGCAGCUACAGACCGAGAAGCGCCGACUCAUGAGCGACCCUCUGGCCACGACCUCCGACCUCUCCGUCGCAACUUCGCGGGACAGCCCCACGCCCAGCGAAGGCGCCGGCGAGCACCCGUCGUCACGCCAACGGGAGGGGCCAGUGGGCGGGGAGAGCGACCCAGAUGAGGUACAGGGCACUUCCUGGUCCCACCUGGCCGAGUCCCGCCCCCUGCUGGGCCGCAGUCGGCAGCAGCUAAUUGGCUGCCAGCAGAUGGUCGACAUCCGUCAGGAGGCAGAGCGUCUGGGCGGCACCAUCGAGCGGCUCAUCAGCGACACCAGCGCCAUCAUCACCGACGCCCAUGGCCACGGCGCGUCCGCUAUCACCAACGGCAACCUGAUGGUGCAGGCCCAGGCCCAGGCCCAGGCUCAGGCUUUGGCUCAGGCCCAGGCGGAGGCAGACGAGGCGGGGAGAGGGAGCGGGCGGGAGCAGGAGCUGCUGCAGCGCAUUAACGGCCAAAUGAAGGGCUUCCGGAGAGAUCUGCAGGGCUUCAUCCAGCGCCUGGAGGUGCCCAGGGGACAAGGCCGUGACCUCGAGGAAACGUCUCAGAUGUUUCAGCCCAUUAUUUUGCUCAUCCUGAUGCUAGUGCUCUUCUCAUCUCUCUCCUAUGCUACCGUCUUCAAACUCGUCUUCCUCUUCACCCUCUUCUUUGUUCUCUAGUCUUAGAGAACUCACUCUGUUUAUUAUUUCACAUUGCCAUACAUUUCAUUUGUUACUGUUGUUAUUGUUUUGUUUUUGUUUUAAAACUGUCAUGGUCAAACAAGUACAGAAGACCCAUCCCCAGGCUUUACUCAUUCAUCACAGUUCCAGACUACAUUUCCCAGAAUUCAAGCUGGCCAGUGAGCUCUGCCCAUACCCC